CAGAGGCAGGCGAGCAUCGUGCGGUGAGGCAUUACUGUGGGCAAAGUUGGAAUUCAUUUAACUUGAUUUCUUUUGUCUUCCAUUCAAUUAUAAUAUAUAUACACACAAACACAGACCAAAAAAAAGUUAAGUCACGGGGGAAAGAAAGUGAUGUCGAGUAGUGGGCUGGCAAUCAGUGUGCCCAACACAGAAGAAAACGCUGUCUUUACUCAACUCAAACCAGUGAGCAUGGCUGACGGAGCUUCAGAAGAGCAACCGGUGUUUGAAGACAUCAAACCGGCCGUUAGGAUGCUGGAGAAUCAGCACGACUUGGCUCAGGCCAACAUAUUUCUAGGAGAAGAUACCAUUAAAUCAUCAGGUUUACUGAAAUCACAUUUACUGCAAUUGUUACAAACUACAUCUUCUCCAAGUCAAGUAAGAUCAGAAAUGGACAAGUAUCUCGCCCCACUGAUUCCAUCAGCUCCAACAGUUCUGGACCAGAAAAAAUACAGAAGAGAGAGUGCAUCAGUGGUAGAUGAGUUUUUUGAGGAGCAGAUAACAUCACCAUACAGUCUGAAUAUCAACCUGAUCCUGCCUGAUAUCACCCACUUGAGAACAGGCCUUUACAGACCAACAAAGCAAGCUCUCCCACAAGUCAAGACAGAGCCGGUCACUAAUUUCACCCAGUCCUGCACGUCCACCACGACGAAUGCCCUGCCUGAAUUCACCAGUGUGUUCAGUGUGCCACAGUCAGUUCCUGUGAAUAAUAUCUUCAUCAAGCAAGAAGCCUCUUCCCCUGAGCUACAACUGCCCGUCAGUUCGCAUCAACCCCAACUGUAUCAGAUGCCAAUCAAUGCAGAUGUUGUCAACAUGCCUUUGAGCUCUACCCAGUCACUUGGCAACACUACAGUUAUUCACAGUUGUAACAGUGUUACCAUGUCAACAGGCAUGGCUGGAGCAACCAGCCUAGCUACCCAGUCUGCAAUUAAACACUUCCAGCCUGCUGUAUCGACACCAAACAACUUUGUUGUGCCAGCUCAGUUUUAUCAGCAGCAAACCUCAUACCUGCCACCCUCACCACCAAACUCCCAACCUGGUAGCCCAGAAAACCAGCCUGACCUUAUCAAUACACUCUCGCCACCUCCAUCAUAUGCUGCAUCAGUAGCAUCAAAGAUAGUUCAUCACCCACAGAUGCAUAGCCUUCAGACCAGCUUGCAACCCUGUCAGCCUGGCUUCCAGACAACAAAAUACAGUCGACGUAACAACCCUGAGUUGGAGAAACGACGCAUUCAUCAUUGUGAUUUCCCAGGCUGCACCAAAGUUUACACCAAGAGUUCUCACUUGAAAGCCCAUCAAAGGACCCACACAGGUGAGAAACCAUACAAAUGUACAUGGGAUGCUUGUGAUUGGCGUUUCGCCCGUUCCGAUGAACUCACAAGACACUACAGAAAGCACACAGGAGCAAAACCCUUCAAGUGUGUUGCCUGCGGUCGCUGCUUUUCACGUUCAGAUCAUUUGGCUCUCCACAUGAAGAGACACCAAAACUAAGCCAAUACCUGUCACCCAGACAACAAGUGUGGCUGAUUUCUAAAGUGUACAGAUGAACAAAGUACUGCCAUUAUACACACAUACACACACAUACACACACACAUGAGAUAAAUAGCUUCAUAUUUUUGAAAGGAUAUACUACUGGGAGAAACAGUUGGUUAACUGGAAACCAAUUAUGCAAAGUGUUUAAUUCACAAAAAAAGAUAGAAUUUGUGUUAUUUAUUUUUUUAUUUCUGGAGAAAGGCCUGCUAUCCUAUGCCUGAAAGAUUGUUUUAGAAACCAGUAUAAUGUUAAGGAAACAAAUUACUGAUCAGCAAUUAAUUGAUAUUCAUAAUAAUCUUGGAAUUUAAUUAGCUGACAGCCAUGCUUAAAUGGUUAUAUAGUUAAAGGACAAGACAGCACCUGUGCUACAUUAUAGCUUAGAAAUGACUGAAAGCUGUAUAAACAAUUACCACAUUCUGAUCUUAUUCCUCUCUAUAUUAAUUAACAGAAUAUUAACUUGUUCAUUUUAAAUAAGUUAUCACCUGGUGAGAGAGGAAUAUAACAUAAACACGUUAAGGAGUUUAGUGAACCAUUCUGCCCUACCUCUAAGAUAAGCCUUAAUUGAUGAGAGCACAAUUUGAAGAAUCAGUACUACAGAAUUGUAACCAUAUCUGUGGCCUACAAUCUCAUCACUAGAAGCACAGGAUUGCUGAAUUUACCCUUGUGGGUUAACGGACUUAGUACGUAUGCAUUGAACAUUCUUACGGUAACAUAUUUCACAGUCAUUUCUUAGUUCAUGUUGGAAAAACAAUGUUUUAAGGCUGCAUGGGAAGAUAGGUAGAAUCAAAUACCAUUCACAAACUCUAAAGAAAAGCACUCCGUGUUAGGCUGUAGCACUAAUAAUACCUAACAUGGUAAAACCUACAACAACUGCAACACAAACUGAUUCAGGAAUGCUUCUCGCUCCAAAUGUGCAUUCAGUCAAGGUAUCUGAACAGCAGUAUACAUCAUCCAGGCAUUUUAGUACAUCCUAAAGCCCUUAUUUCCACAAUUAUUUUUUUAAGAAACAAAAGUAAAUGUUCUCCUACAAUGAUCAACUGUUGUGAGUAAUUAUGCUAAAAAUUGAGAAAAAUGUCUUAAUUUGCAAUUUAACCCUUAAUUAAAACAAACUGACUAUUACCUCUAUUUUGUGCCAAGAACUCUUGUUUAAAGUAUACUGUUACUCAUCUAAUUAUCUCGGUGUAUAUUAACUGCUAAAUAUUGAUUGCAUCGACGAGAGGCAUUUGAAUGUAGACAAUUUGCCUUAAGUACUAGUUUCGGGUAUUGAACAUUGUGAGGAAGAAUAUUUUUAGAAAAUGCUGGAUAUAAUGCAUGGUGGAAAACAUGCUAUAACUACUAACGGUCAUUGGCUACUCAAACUAUUGUGACUAGUGAACACAAGCCUCAUGUAUCCAGCUAUUUACUGCUGGCUAUUCUUAAGGUUACCUAUUUUAAAUAAUUUUGAUGGCCUGAUUUGGUUUAAGAUUGAUUCAAGCAUUGUUUUUUAAUACAUUUCUCCACUAUUUUUAUACCCUAAUCCAGCUAGUUUCCAUAAGCACUGCUGUCUGAAUUUUUAUCAAGAGACUGAACUGAUCAUCAUCCUGGUUAAGAAAUUUAGUAACCAACAAAGUUAAAUGUAUGUCCCUCAUACAAUCUCAGCAUUACUUAAAACAGUGAUAAUAGAUAUUCUCACAUAUAUUGCUGAUAUUCUUUUGAACAUAUAUCCUCAUAUAUCUCAGCACUUCAUUUAGAGAAAGCUUUGCAAAAUUUUAAUAGAAGGAAUCACAAAUUGGUAUUAUCUGUACAUGCAAACAAUUUGAAAAGAUACUGAAUGGCAAUAGGUCAGUAAAUUGAAAAAUGAACUAAUGAUGUGCUCUUAUCACAGUGCAUGAAGGGACACACCUAUAAUCAUUUCAAUUGUGUAAGGCUAUAAGCGUACUUGCAGUCCUCAAAGUCUAUCUGAAAGUGCAAAGAGUUAAACUGAGGCUUCCCAGGAACUAGGUUAAUUAGAUUCAAUUUGGGGACACUUGGCAGCUAUCAUGCUGAAGCAUUUAGGAACUUUGCCACACAAAUUUCAGGGUUGGACUGACAGACCAGUUUUCACUCACUCCCCCACUCCCAAUAUUCCCCAAUGCAGCCCAUAAUUUGGGGUAAAACCCUUUUACACUGAAAAUUCACCCUGGCCUUUUACAUGGGAACAGGAGUAGGCUAUAUUCACCUCAUUUGACCUGUUCCACCAUCCAGUUAGAUCACGGCUGAUCUAAAAGUAUCUUAACUCCGUUUACCCACAUUUGUUUCAUAUUACCUGUUAAAUUCUCACAUGGAGGCUGUGGAUGUUUGAAUUGGAAAAGGAAAAAGAGUAGUCCCAACCAACAAUGACAUUCACAAAACCUCUGGGGAGAAUUUUACCAAUUUGAAUGAGUCACCACGGGGAGAGAGUGAUUCAGUAAAUAAGGCAAGUGAAGCAGUUAACAACAUUGACAGCAAUAAUUGUUGGUUCGCGCGUUGGACCAUCCUCACUGUCAAUUAAGGAGGUAGCAUGGAUAAGAAUGUCUAACACUGUGAAGGAGAAUAAGGGAAUAAAAAUCCCCUAAACCACUUGAAAAAUUGCAGAAGUUGAAUUUUGGGACACUUAAUUGAAUAAUAUAAUCAGCCAACUAAAUCCAUGUUAAUUCAAAUGUUACGCAGGAAGCAUGCAGCACAAUUAACUUUGGUGGAAGAUUCAGUGUGGGGUUCUGUACUAUUGGAUGGAAAGUUUACACUAAACUUGUGGCUCAUAAUGUUUUUAAUUAUACGUUAGUUUUCUAUCAAGCUCCCUAAGGAACAUUGGUAUGUAAAUACAGGGAUAUCUAGUAAUGUAUAUAAUUUUUAUAAGUUGUUAAAGUAAUGUUUAUAUUCAGAACAAAGGGGAAGAAAAUGGUGGUAGUUUUGCUUUGGUUUGUUUUAAAUGUAUCACUUAUUUUUAUAAUGUAGCGUUUCACAAAUUUGAAGAAAAAAUCAAAAAUAUGAAUGUUUUAAAACAAAAAUCUUUCAAUAUACAAUGAUUUGGGAUUUUGUUAAAAGCUGUACUGUAUAAUAAGAGAAAAGGAACAAAAUAAAAAGCUGUUUAUAGAUUAAA